AUGGGCUCCCCCUCCUCCCUCCCCGCCGCCGGCGCCGCCGCGGCGGCGCUCGUGGUCCUGGCCAUCCUCGCCGGAGGAGGCCACUGCCGCGAGGCCCAGUUCGACGCCACGGACGCCGCCGCCGCCGGCACGGCGGAGAACUACAACACCAGCGACGCCGCCGUGUACUGGGGCCCCUGGCAGAAGGCCCGGGCCACCUGGUACGGCCAGCCCAACGGCGCCGGCCCCGACGACAACGGUGGCGCGUGCGGCUUCAAGCACACCAACCAGUACCCCUUCAUGUCCAUGGGGUCCUGCGGCAACCAGCCAUUGUUCAAGGACGGCAAGGGCUGCGGCUCCUGCUACAAGAUUCGGUGCACCAAAGACAAAUCCUGCUCCGGGAAGGUGGAGACGGUGAUCAUCACCGACAUGAACUACUACCCGGUGUCCAAGUACCACUUCGACCUCAGCGGCACGGCGUUCGGCAGGCUGGCCAAGCCCGGCCUCAACGACAAGCUCCGCCACUCCGGCAUCAUCGACAUCGAGUUCACCAGGGUGCCGUGCGAGUUCCCUGGGCUGAAGAUCGGUUUCCACGUGGAGGAGUACUCCAACCCCGUCUACUUCGCGGUGCUGGUGGAGUACGAGGACGGCGACGGCGACGUGGUGCAGGUGGACCUGAUGGAGUCCAAGACGGCGCACGGCCCCCCCACGGGGCGGUGGACGCCGAUGCGCGAGUCCUGGGGCUCCAUCUGGCGCAUGGACACCAACCACCGCAUGCAGGCGCCCUUCUCCAUCCGCAUCCGCAACGAGUCCGGCAAGACGCUCGUCGCCAAGAACGUCAUCCCGGCCAACUGGAGGCCCAACACCUUCUACCGCUCCUUCGUCCAGUACCAGUAG